AUGCAAUUUUUGAUGGGUUUGAGCGACACCUACUCUACGGUUCGAGGAUCAAUUCUCAUGAUGAAUCCCUUACCUGACACAUGCAAAGUUCAUGGCCUGGUUCUCCAACACGAGCGCCAGUUAGAGGUAACCAGCAGGCAUGACAAUCUGGUUACUCCACAUGCGAUGCAAACCGGUCGUUCUUCGGUGGCCACCACUCCCUCCACAGGUUGGUCACAAUCCCCCUCCACAGGUUGGUCACAAUCCCGCAAAUCCCUCAAGUGCUCAUAUUGUGAUGGAGAUGGUCAUCUGAAAGAACGAUGCUACUUUAUUAUUGGUUUCCCUGUGGGACAUAAAUGGCAUGGCAAAAAUGUUAAGCCCAGAAACCAGCGUUCCGGUCCAACAACUCACAACAUUGAAGCCAUUCAGUCAACAGUUCAACCUACUGCCAUCACCAAGACAACCCCCGUUGAUGGCCCAACCUUCACCACUGAGGAGUACAACGAACUUAUUACCAUGCUUCGUAAUAAGAAGGGUAACAGUCAGCCUCUAGCACAUGCAACAGGUAUCAUUACACCCACUUGUAAUAUUGCACAACAUGAUCCACACUCCACGCUAUAUUGGAUUGUGGAUAGCGGGGCCACCGAUCACAUUUCUCAUUCGGCUCCUACACAUAAUCAAACUGCCACACAUCAUGAAUUUGUUAGUUUGCCCAACGGAGAACAGACAGCAAUACGUAACAUUGGAUCUAUGAAUUUAUCGCCUGACUUGACUCUUGAUGGAGUUCUACAUGACGUGGAUACGAAGAAGACGAUUGGCCUGGGCAAGCAUUUUGAUGGGCUUUACUACCUCACACCUACCCAAAAUCCUCAUCUUGCUACUCAUGUUCGGCGUACCUCCAUGCUUUGGCAUCAACGUCUCGGACAUCCGUCAUCUGCACCCCUUCACUCUUUAUCCAAGACUAUUCCUGAAAUAAUGUUUCAUUCUGAGCAAAUUUGUGAUGUUUGCCCUUUGGCUAAACAAACCAGAUUACCAUUUACUUCUAGUUCAAUUAAAACAGUUGCACCUUUUGAUCUUAUUCAUUGUGACAUUUGGGGCCCUCAUAAUACCCGUACACAUUCUGGGGCACGUUAUUUUUUGACAAUUGUUGAUGAUUUCACUCGUUUCACUUGGGUUCAUCUUAUGAAUUUUAAAUCUGAUACACAAACCAUUUUGAAAUCAUUUUUCUCUUGGGUCACCACUCAAUUUAAUCGCACCAUUAAAACUCUUCGUUCUGACAAUGGUAGUGAAUUCCUAUCCAUGCGUCCAUUCUUUCUUGAACAUGGCACCAAUUUCCAACACUCUUGCACAUAUACUCCUCAACAAAAUGGGGUCGUUGAACGCAAACAUCGUCAUCUCUUAAACAUUGGUCGCGCACUUCGGUUCCAAGCUAACUUGCCUUUGCAAUUUUGGGGAGACAGUCUUCAAACAGCAUGUUACCUCAUAAAUCGACUCCCCACCCCCUUACUCUCUCAUAAAACCCCUUAUGAGCGAUUACAUGGGAAAUCACCUUCUUAUUCUCACCUACGGGUUUUCGGGUGCCUUUGCUAUGCCACUCACCUUAACCCCACUCACAAAUUUGACACCCGGGCUCGUCGUUGUCUUUUUCUUGGGUAUCCUCUUCGUCAGAAAGGCUAUUGUGUCUUUGAUCUUGAGACAAAGAAAUAUUUUGUGUCUCGGGAUGUCAUUUUUCAUGAAUCAUCAUUUCCUUUUUCUCACUCCCUUUCUAAUCCUCCCACGGACCAGCCCAUUCUGCCUACUCCUCCUACCACUUCAGACCUUCCUUCUCUACCCGGCCCAAUGUCUCCAGGCCCAUAUUCCCCACACUUACCUCUCCUAGACCCGGCCCACUCUGAUCAGCCAAUCUCUCAUUCUGAUACCCUUCCAAACCCUACUUCCCCAAUCUCCACACCGCCUCUCCCUUCUCUCGAUGGCGGCUCUGGUUCUUCAAUCCCCGGCCUCACCUCUCUUUCGACUGAUCAGCCGUCGUCCUCCCUUGAACCUUCACAGCCUCAUCCUUCUUCUCUUGACUCAUCCUCAUUACCUCGACGGUCUGCCCGUGUCCCCCGUCCUCCUACCUAUCUUCGGGACUAUGAAGCUCAUCACACCGCCUUGCUCACGCCCGGAGUCGCUUCUUCCUCCACGUCUGGAACCAGGUAUCCCCUUCAUCGAUAUGUAUCUUACUCUGGUCUUUCUCCUGCUUAUCGGAAUUAUGUGUGUAAUAUAUCCCGAUUGGUAGAGCCUUCUUCCUAUGAACAGGCCUGUCAUGACCCUCAAUGGGUUGCUGCAAUGAACUCUGAGCUGCAAGCUCUUGAAGACAACCACACCUGGUCGCUGGUUCCUCUGCCUCCCGGUCAUCGUCCCAUUGGUUCCAAGUGGAUUUUUCGGAUUAAAUACCACUCUGAUGGCUCUGUUGAUCGUUACAAGGCCCGCCUUGUUGCCCAGGGAUUCAACCAACAUGAAGGUAUUGACUUCACUGACACAUUUGCUUCGGUUGCGAAGUUGAUUACUGUCCGCUGCUUACUCACGGUUGCGGCUGCUCGCAACUGGUCUCUUCAUCAAAUGGACGUUCAGAAUGCGUUUCUCCAUGGCGACCUCCACGAGGAGGUUUACAUGUUACCUCCGCCUGGUUCACGUCGACAGGGGGAGCAGCAGGUUGUUUGUCGACUCCACAAGUCCUUAUAUGGAUUGAAACAAGCUCCACGGAGCUGGUUUCGAAAGUUUUCAUCUACUAUAUGUGGAAUUGGUUUCAAGCAAUCUAAGGCAGAUUACUCUUUGUUCACACAGGUACAUGGAAGUUCCCUGACUAUUAUAUUGCUCUAUGUAGAUGACAUGAUCAUCACAGGGAAUGAUGAGAAGGUAAUCUGUAAAUUGAAGCAUUUCCUUGGCAGCCAAUUCCGAAUCAAAGAUCUCGGACCCUUGAAAUAUUUCCUUGGUGUUGAGGUGGCACGGUCGAAAACGGGAAUUUCUAUAUGUCAACGCAAGUAUACUCUUGACAUUUUGGAAGAAGCUGGACUACUUGGAGCUAAACCAGCCAAGGUUCCCAUGGAACAUGAUAUAACAUUAUCUUCUACAGGUGAACUGCUCAAAGAUCCUACUAGGUAUCGACGCUUAGUUGGAAAGCUAAUCUAUCUCACAAUUACAAGGCCAGAAAUUACUUAUGCAGUCAAUACACUCAGCCAGUUUAUGCAAGAGCCUAAACAUCAACAUCUUGAUGCUAACAAGUUGAACCUAAUUGGUUAUUGUGAUGCUGAUUGGGCUCGUUGCCCAAUGACACGCCGGUCAGUCACGGGAUAUUGCAUCUUUCUUGGUAACUCACUGGUGUCCUGGAAAAGCAAGAAGCAAGUUACAAUUGCACGAUCAUCUGCCGAGGCUGAAUAUCGUUCAAUGGCUGCAGCUACAUGUGAACUCACUUGGUUAAGAUAUCUAUUGCAUGAUCUGCAUGUUACUCAUGAUGAACCUGCAAAGUUGUUUUGUGAUAAUCAAGCUGCCCUAUAUAUUGCAGCAAAUCCAGUGUAUCAUGAACGAACCAAACACAUUGAGCUCGAUUGUCACACCGUUCGUGAAAGAAUAGAAAGAGGUGAGAUCAAGACUGGAUAUGUGCAAACUGGAGAACAGAUAGCAGACUUGUUUACCAAGCCAUUGAGGGCACCUGCAUUUUGUUCACUUCUUGGCAAGUUGGGUGUCAUCAAUAUCCACCUUCCAACUUGA